UAUUACAACAAGUGAUUGCAGGAAAGAAAAUACUGGAUGCACUGGAAUCAGACAGAUUAAAAAAUGUUUCAGUCACUGUCUUAAAUUCUCUGUACAUCUAGUUGCUCACCUGAGAAAUGGGGAAAUCCCUACUUACAAGGCUUUUGUGAGGAUUAAAUCAGAUACAAAGUAAGAGAACAUGGCCCAUAUGAGAUGCUCGAUAAAUGUUACUUUCUCACUUAGGUGCACCCAGGAGAGGUGUUUUUUUGUUUUUUUUUAAAUUAAACCUGUAUUUUGACCAGCUCACCCCACAGUACCACAAAAAGUGGCACUGACUAUGAUAUAAUUCAUGAGGCCUUCACGUAGAUUCAGUUCCAAGUUAAAAACAGAGUAUAUCACCUAACAAUACGUAAGCCGCCAAUCUCAGAAAUCCCAUCGUAGUAAUGCUAGCACAGGUAAAAGUUUAAAGCUCUCAGCCUCAUUAUCACACUCUUGUCUACCUACAGUGCUGCCAAGUAAGCCAGGCCAGCAUUAACAGAACCAUUUUUAAGCCGGAAAGCCAUUUAGCCAGAGGCUAAAUCUUUGCUCAAAGUCACCAGGUUAAAAGGGCUGAAGUCGGGACCAGAAACCUUUAACUCUCACAGAGGCAUUUCUCCGGGAUGUGGAGUUGGUGAGAGAUCCAGCUGCUUACUCCCGGAUCCCAGCCACCAGCUCUUCACCUACCCGCGCACCACACCCCACACCUCAGGCCUGGAUAGGUCUAGCUUCUUCUAAGUCCCUGCCUCCCCUGGCCUCACACCAGCUCUGUGCUCUCCAGCAAUGACACCCCUGAGAUGCAUAACAUCCCUUCGCACACAGACAGAUCGCUGUAGAAGAGGCUUCGGUGUCUGUGCUGCUGAGAAGCAUGAGACAUGCGUGAUCUUAAAGAUCUUCCAGGAUAACAUCCUCCAGUUAUCAUAUAUGGUGUGUCAGAGAUUCUGCAGAGAAUUGACAUACGAUCUCAACGGAACUUAUGUUCAUACAUGCUGCAACUACAAUUAUUGUAACUUCAAAAAUCUAAAAUAUUUUUUCUCCAAAGUUGUCCCUUUAAAAUGUUAUUGAUGCUUCUCUGCCUUCACAGUCUGCCUGCCCUUGCUUUUCUGCCCUGUCUGUCCUGGAAGGAUCCCAGCUCUCUCUGUAAUUCAGUGUUAUCCUUCCUGGUGCCUCAAGCUUGGUUCCUACCUCAGUUGGAGGAUAAUGAUUCUGAACAACAGAUUUCUCCCAUUACAGGGUCUGGCAUUUCUGUACUUCAAGAGGCCUCCCCCAAGAGGUCCAGUAGAAAACUUUAAAACAAGACCAUCUAGAUCCUUGUGAUUAUCUUAGAUAGUGGAGGUGGACUAGAAAUUCUUAUUAUGGCUAUAAUUAAGCAGAAAUAGCAACAAAACAGAUGGUGGACACUCAAGAUUUUCCUCUAUUGGCAAAAAGUUAUUUUCCCCCGUGGACAGUGUCCAUCUCACACUCAGUCAUGAUUUUCUUAGCAUUUACAUGGUGUCUCCAUAUACAAUGUAAGAAACAGCAAAUAAAGAAUUUCCUGGCUCUGUGACAUUCACAGUUCACACAUAGCCACUUCUAGGCCUGUCAAGAUGUACAUUCAAGAUAUACUACAACUCUCAUUUCUUCCUAUUCCUCUUCUAGUCUUCUCAAUUCCUUUCCUCUUUUGCCACCCACCUCUACUCUGACCUCUCCGGCAAUGAACACAAUGACUAUACAAAUUCUCCCUCUUCUGAAUACCCAAGUCACUUUAUGGGUACUUUUUUUUUUUUGACACUCUUUCACAAAAAUGAAUCAUUUCUCUGUUUGUCUAAUUUGCCCCAGUAUGUUAUAAAUCACAGCUAGAACAUGUGCCUUGUUUUAUUCAUCUCUAUUGCCUUUAGCUGGCCAAUUAAACUUUAUUGUGUUUAAUUGAACAGCCAGUAAAGUUGAUGGAAUUUUUCUUGUCCAUCUGUUUAGCGUGACUUUUCUGGUUUUUUACCUAUUUUGUUGAGUGUACUGGGAAUGGUAACCUCUACUCCCUACCAGACAUAGAACUUUCACUCCAGUGCCAACAUACCAUGUGUU